UGCUGAGGGUGCUGCUGAGCCGUGCUCUGCCUCCUUCCAUCCUCCCCUUCCCUCCCUCAGCCAUGGGAGCGGGGCCGGUCUCCCUCUGCCUCUCUCUCAGCCUCUGCUGGGCGCUGGCCCCCCGGGCGCGGGGAGCGGAGGAGCCGCGGCUGCAGCGGGGCAUGCCAAAUGUCUGUCCAGUGUUCGAGCUGGCACUAGUAGGACACCAGCAGCCAUGCGUUCAAGCCUUCAGUCGGAUGGUCAAGAUGUGGAAACAAGGCUGCACGGGGAGGAGGUGGUGUAUGGGCUAUGAGAGAAGGUCUGGUUACUACACAGUUUACAAGCAGGUGUACAGAAUGGAGCAUCAGACUGUCUAUAAGUGCUGUCCUGGAUGGGUCCAACACAACAACGAACCUGGCUGUUUGCACUUGCUCUGCACUGCUGGCACUUGCUUCAAUGGAGGGAAGUGUUCUGAAGCAGGAUCUCAGAUGUGCCAGUGUCCUGCAGGAUUUCAGGGUCCUCGCUGCCAGUAUGAUGUAAACGAGUGCACCACCGCGAACGGUGGCUGCCAAGACCAGUGCUGUAACACCAUCGGCAGCUACCACUGCAAGUGUCCAGCUGGCCAGAGACUGCAGGAAGAUGGAAAAUCGUGUGGAGAUGUGGACGAGUGUGCAGUGGUGAACGGAGGCUGCCAGCAGGGCUGCGUUAACACCCACGGCUCCUUCUACUGCCAGUGCCAGGUGGGGUACAGACUGCACACCGACGGGCGCACGUGCUUACUGAUAGACCCCUGCACAAGUGGGAAUGGAGGAUGCUCACAAAUCUGUCAAAAUGAGAGAGGAAUCGCCAAAUGCGAGUGUCAUCCAGGGCAUUAUCUUUCUGCAGACAAGAAGUCCUGCUUAGACAUCGACGAGUGUGCAGAAGGGAAAGCCAGGUGUGCUCAUCGUUGUGUGAACACUCUGGGAUCCUUCACCUGUGCCUGUAAUCCCGGCUUCGAGCUGGGGGCUGAUGGAAAGCAGUGCUACCGCAUAGAAAUGGAAAUCGUGGAUAGCUGCCAGAGCGACAACGGCGGCUGCUCUCACCACUGCGAGCACACAACGGCGGGGCCGCGCUGCUCCUGCAACGACGGUUACAUCCUUGCCUUGGACGGCAAAACGUGCACAGAGGUGGACGAGUGCGAGACCGGCGCGUCCUGCUGCUCCCAGUUCUGCAUCAACUACGCGGGCGGCUACGAGUGUGCCUGCAAGGCAGGCUUCCAGCCCAGCGCCGACGGCUGCGGCUGUGAUGAUGUGGACGAAUGUCAUCUGGAGAACGGCAACUGCGACCAUUUCUGUGUUAAUUCUCUGGGGUCAUACGAAUGUGUGUGCAAGGAGGGAUACAGGCUAGGCCUUGACAGGCGGUCCUGCAUCGCGCUAGGUGGGGACGAGGCAGUGGCGGGGUUCGCCGGGGCUCCGGGGCUGCAGUUCAGAGGUGCCCCCCAGCUCCUUCGCUACGAGCUCGGGGUCCCGCAGGAGGAUGAGGAGCGUCGAGGAGAGCUGACGCUGGUGCACAGAGUCGUUUGCCUUGAUAACACUUUUGGCAACGACUGUAGCUUGAGCUGUGAGGACUGCAUGAAUGGAGGCAGAUGUAACAGCGAGAGCAGUGGCUGUGUUUGCUCACCUGGGUGGACCGGCAUCAUCUGCAACGAAACUUGCUCCCGUGGGACGUAUGGUGAUGGCUGUGCCAGCGUUUGUAAGUGCCAGAACGGAGGCUCCUGCGACCCCAUCACGGGGCAGUGUCACUGCCCGCCAGGAAUCCAGGGGACAUUUUGUGAAGAUGGAUGUCCCAAAGGACUCUUCGGGAAGAACUGCAACAAACAGUGCAACUGUGCCAACAGCGGCUAUUGCCACAGGCUGUAUGGAGCCUGCCUGUGCGACCCCGGGCUGUACGGGCGCUUCUGCCACCUCACCUGUCCCAGGUGGGCCUUCGGAGCUGGCUGCUCAGAGGAGUGUCAGUGCGUGAAGGAGCACACGCUGGAAUGCAGCUCCCAGAACGGGACUUGCGCCUGCAAGCCUGGCUACCACGGCAAGAAGUGUCAGAGAGAGUGCUCGCCUGGCUUUUAUGGGGCUGGUUGCAAACUGAGGUGCAACUGUUCUACUGAUGCUUUGUGCAAUCGUGAGACGGGAGCCUGCAAGCAUCCCUGCCCACCUGGUUUUCAUGGAGAAAAAUGCCAUUUAUCUUGUCUGCCUGGGAGCUUCGGGGUGAACUGUGGGCAGAGCUGCAGCUGCGGAGGAGCGCCAUGCGACCCACAGACCGGGCAGUGUAUUUGUCCACCUGGGAAAACUGGUGCUACCUGUGAGGAAGAUUGCCCCGACGGCCGGUGGGGCUCAGGCUGCCAGUCCUCCUGCAAGCCCUGUGCCCAGGGGGGCCGGUGCAACGCGGAGACCGGAGCCUGCGAGUGUCCCCCGGGAUACAGCGGGGCGGGCUGCUCUGAACCCUGCCCCGAUGGCUUCUAUGGACAAAAUUGCCUGCUGUCCUGCAGCUGUAGCAGCAACGCUCUGUGUCACCAUGUCACCGGAGAGUGCACGUGUCCCCCUGGCUGGACUGGCCACGACUGCAAACACCCCUGCAAUAGCGGCCAUUGGGGACCCCGCUGCGAAAACACCUGUGUCUGCAAUAACAGUGAUGGUAGCUGCGAUCCUGUCACUGGAUCUUGUUUCUGUGAGCCAGGAUUUACUGGGAAACACUGCGAACAGAGAUGCCCCGAGGGAAGCUUUGGCCCGAACUGCGAGCACAGCUGCCGCUGCCAGAACGGAGCCGUCUGCGACCAUGUGAGCGGAGCCUGCACUUGUGGUGCUGGCUGGAUGGGGACAUUCUGCGGAAAAGCUUGUCCAGAAGGAUUUUUUGGGCUUGACUGCCACCAGGUGUGCAACUGCAAGAACGCUGCAGGCUGCGACCACGUCCUGGGAACGUGCCGCUGCCUCCCCGGCUGGCUGGGAGAGACCUGCGAGCAGCCCUGCCAGCGGGACAGGUACGGGCAAGGCUGCGCUCACACCUGCAACUGUCACAACGGAGCGCUCUGUGAUCACGUCACCGGCACGUGUGCCUGUACCCCCGGCUGGAAAGGAGCCACCUGCCAAGAAGCCUGUCCUCCGGGGCGGUACGGCGCCAACUGCCUGCAGCGCUGCCUCUGCCGCAGCAAGGCUACGUGUGACCGCGUGACGGGCGAGUGCCGGUGUCCCGAGGGCUGGACGGGAGCAGGCUGUGAGCUCAAGUGCGAGGACGGGAGAUACGGAGAGGGCUGUGGGCAGAACUGCAGCUGCCACCACGGCACUUGUGACCGGCACUUGGGGAAAUGCAUCUGCCACGCCGGCUGGACAGGGGAGCGCUGCGAUGCUGUCUGUCCCCCUGGAUUUUUUGGCGAGCGGUGCGAGGAGCAAUGUGACUGCAUACACAGCGUGUCCUGCCACCACCAGACGGGAGCGUGUCGCUGCGAAAAGGGGUGGCGAGGGAGGCACUGUGACAAACCUUGCUUGCCUGGCCGCUACGGCACAGGCUGUGCCCAACGGUGCCGGUGCUCUGCUGGCACCCCCUGCCACCACGUGACAGGCGAGUGCAGCUGUCCUCCGGGAUUCACCGGCAUCAGCUGCGAGAGAACCUGUCCACCGAGCACGUAUGGCAAGAACUGUAACCAAGGCUGUCAGUGCUCCGUCGAGGAGGAUUGUCACCCUGUCACUGGCGACUGUGCGUGCCGCCCCGGGUACCACGGGGCCCACUGCGAUCGCCGGUGUCCAAAAGGUACUUAUGGUUCAUACUGCCAAAAAGCCUGUAAAUGCAUGAAUGGAGGCCACUGCGACCCCGUGUCGGGAACUUGUGACUGCGCGCCUGGUUUCAUUGGAGCUGACUGUAGUAGAACUUGCCCUGAAAAUCGAUUUGGGAAGGACUGCACCCAGUUCUGUGCAUGUGGUAAAGGUCAGUGCGACCCACGGACUGGCAAGUGUACCUGUCCUCCGGGCCAAACGGGACCCAGCUGUCAGCAAGUGUGUCCCCAGGGACAAUAUGGCCCCAACUGCCGCCUGACAUGUGCCUGUCAGAACGGCGGUAUCUGUGACCACGUGGAUGGCAGCUGCACUUGCGGACUCGGCUGGACAGGAAGAGCAUGUGAGAAAGAAUGUCUCCCUGGGAAGUACGGCUCUGGCUGCGGCUUGGACUGCAUGUGUCAGCACAACGGCACUUGUGACAGGUUCACGGGGUGCUGCCGGUGCCCCGAAGGGUAUUACGGACGCUCCUGCGAGCACAGGUGCCCCCUUGGAUUUUACGGGCUAAGCUGUCUUCAUGCAUGCGCCUGUAAAAAUGGAGCGAGCUGCGAUGCCGUGACGGGGCAGUGCAUUUGUCCUUCAGGUUAUCAGGGUGUCCACUGUGACAAAGGCUGUGACAGUGGGUGGUUUGGAGAGAGCUGCCAGCAUCGGUGUGACUGCGGAGGAGCUCCCUGUGACCCAGCCACUGGGAAGUGCCUCUGCCCACCUGGGAAGACCGGAGACAAGUGCGACAGUGGAUGCAAGUCGGACCAGUACGGCCCCAACUGCUCUCUGCGAUGCCAGUGUGCCAGCAAAUCCCAGUGCAAUCCCUACAACGGGAAGUGCGUGUGCCCAGCCACAUGGAUGGGGCCAACCUGCAAAGAAGGUGGCCCUCCAAAGCCUCCUUUUUAUGAAGAACAAACUCAAGAAAGAGGGAGUAUUUUUCCAAGAGCUCUACAACAGUAACAUUUGGACUAAUAAAUGAACUGUUUUAUAUGCACAGACGGUAUUUGAAUUUGGAUAUGAAAACAGCUAUUCAAUUCAGCUUGAGUUGUGCUGAAGUAUUCACACUUCUUAUGGAAGACUACAGAGGCCAUUUAGUAGCUGGAUCCUUUUAAAAAGUUGAAUCUGUUUCAUGUAUUUAUUCCUAGCCUCUUGCCCCUCCAUUAAUCUGCUCGGGACACUCGUUCUGAUAUACACGAUAAUUCAUUCUUUGAAAGCUUGGACAUGUUUUUAGUAAAACCAGCUCCAGAGAGUAUCAGGAUAAGCAGCAUGUAACACAUCAACUGACAGUGAGCCACACCAUCUACAAGUGACUUUCUAAACCCACUUGACAACCGGCAUGAAGUUAAAUGAGUGCUUAACAUAUUAAGAAGCCAAUACGGAUUCACUGCAAAAUCACGUUGCACAGAAACUAGUGAAAUUCACCAAAUUCCUCUUUGAAAAAUAUCUUAUGCUCUAGAAAAACAUCCAGUCUAAUUUUAAUACUGCAACUGAUGAAGAAUCCACCACAGUCCUUGUUAAGAUGUUAAUUAAUUGAAGAAUAUGUGCCAUUUCAAGUAUGGAUGGGUCAGAAGGUCUCCAUCUGUAUCUUGCUUGCAUCCGAGUCUCUUUUCUAAAGAGCAGGAUGUCAUCUGUCAGGCUCCUCUGGCUUUCUGCAUUCUCCCAUUUUGCCAGCUGAGUUUCUCAGUGGUUUGUCGAGUCAGACUGUGCUGUUCUUGUAAAACUCUAACAUCAAAUGCAGAAAGUUUUAUCCUGGAUGGAGAAAGUGGAUAGUUAGCAAGGAUAUGUAUGUGUAAUGAUAAUGUGUGCUCUGUGUGUAAUGGAUUAUAAUGUGCUCUUACUGCACAAUAACUUCACCGCCAGUUUUAAAAAGUCCUUCAUGAUGCCAUUCAACAGCUGCUGUUGUUCACUUAGAACAAGGACAUUUUGGUGCUAUGUUGUAUGUUUACACAGGUUGUUCCUUAAUAUAGGACCAAGUCGUUAUACAGAAAUAAUGUUCUUUAUUAUGAUAUUCUGGAUUAACCAGGCUAGAAGAUUUCAGAGUGCCUCUUCUCACCUCUUUUUAGGUUCAGAGUUACAAAACCUUGGUAGUAACCUCUUGAGUCUGACUAGAUCAAAAGUGCACUUAGUAAAAGACACCAGGACCGUGGGCACUGGGGGCAAGGUAGUACGAGCUGUUCCAGGACUUGUGUUCACACACCACAACAAACUGCAACACUGCGAGAAAAUAUUUUUGUCUUAAAAGAGAGAAAGUGACAAUAAUUGACGCUAACUUGUGAUUUUUAAGAAUGUUUAUUGUUGCAGUUGGUUAAUGAGUAUGUGAAGUAACAGUUACCCCGUGGUUCACCCCAGGUCUUAACCCAAUCUGCGGCCAUUAGCUGUCUGCUACGGAGCAAGUUCCGCUUGCUCACCUGGGACUGUAAUUCAAACUGUGAUCUACUGAAAGCAAUACAGGUUUGGGAAGUGUUUUUCAAGCUUAUUGUUGCUAUUCAUCACUUCAUAUGUAUUGGAAGCCAUCGUAAACUCAGUAAAGAUAUUUGUGACUGUGACCAAAUUAAUUAACCAACUGCUUUCAGCCAGAAAAAUCUCAGGGGUUGAUUCUGAUCCCUUGUCAUUUCUUUGUUAUAGCUGAAUAAAUCACUAGAACCUUUGCUUGAUGACGUAAACAUCACAAAAUUGUUGUCCCCAAACUAGUCAGAAGCGAGUGGUUCUCAGCAGGCCUUUUCUGUCAGCUAUGACAUUUUAUAUGUUCUUUUGGAGAUGUGCUGGCCUAGGUUUGAUCUGAAACUGGUGUGAAGUUGGGACAAUUUAACUGAAUUGGAACUGUUAAGGUAAAUCUUGUGCAAGACAAUUAGAUAUCAUCAUAGUAACUGCUGGGGAAAAAGAACCAUCCAAGUCAAGCGACCGACCUCUUUUGAUCCUAUGUAUUUACUACAAACUACAACAGUAAUGCAGGCGUUACAUUCAAAAUUUGUCAUAUUAUAAUAGAAUAGAUAGUUUGGAAGAGACCUCUGGAGGUACAGGCUUCUCCUUAAAGCACGGUCAACUUCAAAGUUAAAUGAGGUUGCUGCGAGAUCAUCCAGUAAUGUUAAAUAUCUCCGAGGAUGGACAGCCCACAACCUCUUUGGGGCC